CACAAUCUGUUUUCAAUUUGUCUCGUGUGUCAAUCUUUCACGUAAUAUUUGUGCUACUUUCUAACACAUUCAUCUUGUGUUAAAUGUUAAAUAAACAGAAAAAUUCCGACUGUUGGGAUAGGUAGAAUGUAUUAAUUUUAACACAAAAUUACUCACUGUGUAAAUUCAAUUGGGAGAAAUAACUUUAUCGCUAUGAAUGAACAUAGCUUGUAGAAUUGUAGAUCAUGGAAUUCCUCCACUUUAUUCUCGAGGUAAACUAGUCGAGUACCUGAAUAUCAAUUCCACGACAACGACGCGAACAUUUGCAUUCGCGCGAGAAGAAAAACAACGCGGAAACGCAUUCCGUUGCGCUGAACGAUAAUUCCGCUCGCGAUCGCCCGUGCCGCGGUCAGUCGACGUGAUAAUUAAACUUACGAAUCGAAUUCCGCCGUGUCGGCGACCUUCCUCCUAUGUUUGAUCACAGAGAAUAUUUUAUAGUUGACGUCAAGGUGGAGGGAAACGGACGUACAUCUCGUCCUCCUGGAUAAAUUUAGCCCUUUAACGCGCGCGAUUUUAGGGGCGUCACUCCCUCUGACCUUUCUCAAUGAACGUGACGUGUGUGUGCCGCGAAAUUUCUCUAGGACGGAAGAAGCAGAGAAUUGGGACAAACGUGUCGAGAGGGACUUCCGAGAGAAAGCUCGGGGGUUUCAGAAAGGACAGUCGGCGGCAUUUCCAGGCAAUUGCCUCAAUUAACCUGGAUUAAAGGGAUACUCUACUUUGUUGUAGAAAUAUUCUUUGUUGAAAAAAGGAUUGUUUUUAAGACUUUUUCUCGAGUAAAAUAUAGAAUCAAUUUUUAAAUGCAGCUUUUGUAUUCGUUGAUUUUUGUAGAUUAUGAUUUUGUAGACUUUUUAUUGUCACAGACUAUCUAGUGGAUGAUGUGUAGAUGAUGUUAGUUUUGGGGAAUAUAGACCGCCUCUGCGGAAGUGAUUAGGGGCUGCUGACGUCGUUCGUUUUACUGCUUGAAUUCAACUUACACAUAUGAGUUAUAAUACAUAUAUAUAUACGAUUUACGAAGCAUCAACAGAUCCCUAUAUUGAAAUCUCACGUUCACAUAUACACAAUGAAUAUUAUAAUCUCUUCUAAAUUCUAUUCUAACGAUUCAACAUUAUUAUUCAUUUAUGUAUUUUACACGUGGCUCUGCCUUUAAAUAAAGGCACACGCAACUUUAUAGCGAAGUAAACGUUUUGAUGAACUGACAGCUUCAGUCACCAUAUUGAAGUAAAGGUCGAUAAAAAAUCUAUAAUUUUGUAUUUUUUCUGCUUUUGACGAAAAAUAGACCAGAGCCGUAUAUAUUAGCAUGCAUAUUUUUUAAUUGUGUAAAGAAAUUAUAAUUAUGUAUUCUGUACCCAAAAAAGUAACUUUAACAAAAUAGAAUUUAUGUCGAUCGAACAGAUAACGUCAGCAUCGCCCUAAGAGGCACCUAAAACCUAAAGAUUGACCUAAAACAUAAACAACGUUUUAUUAUUUUAUAUGAGAUCAUGCACCAACUGAAAUUAAUAUUAAAAACUGAAAAUUAUAAUAUGGAAUAAUAAAAUGUCGGCCUUUCAAAGAAAUUUUUAUCUUACGUACAUUAAAUCUUUGAAAGCCAUUUUAUCAAUCCUGUACGAACUCAUAUAAUAUAAAUUAAGAAAAUUGUUUAUACGUUUCAAUUAAUCAGUUUAAGUUCUCAAUUACUUUCGCAAAGGGGCUACUCCCAAGUAAUAGCACAGAAAGUGAAAAUGACGCCUGGUUUCUUUCCUUUUUUUUAUCCCCUAUGUCUUGUUUAUUGAAAGCAAUCACCAAUAGAUUAAUUAUCAGAUGGCUCUUUCAAUUUAUUAAAAAUGCAAUCACGCAUUUGUCUGUUACAAACCAAACUUUAUCCCUAUCGUAGCAAAAAAAUUAGUGGGCCAUAAAAGUUUCAUCACUUUAAAUGUUCUUCUUUUGUCUUUCGUCCAAGUAGCCGAGGUAAUUUAUGGUUUUUCAUUUUCCGCUAAGAACAAAUCUUCAAUUCCAAAUUUUUGCUUAUAACGAGGAAAUAUUGUACCGCCAAAUAGACGCCCUUGCUAAGACGGCGCUCGAAGCGGACCACCCUCUCCAUCCCCAUCCCCCUUACUACUCUACUGUCUCCUGGUCUUUUUUUGGAUCCAACAAAGUAGAAUAACCCCUUUAAUCGCGAUUCACGCGAUCCCUCACGACCUCCGGUUUUUAAUAAAAUAAAACGCAACGUCUCGAGCGUGACGAUAACACGAUAAGGUUUUUCAAAAAGUCGUUCAAGUGUAAAUGUCAAAAUAGGUCAGCGGUCAAAUGCGCGAUCGAGCGAGAUUUCCCGGUGCGCCGUCGGGGCGGCGUAAUGAAGACGAAGAGGAGAAAAUGUCAGUGGCGUAACGAAGAGUUUCGCAAUCGCACGUUCUCGCCGAGUAUAAGAGACAGCCGCGCAAUAGGAUCCAUUCGGUCGCGUGAGGUCCGAGAGGGACGCGUAUAGUCGCCGCUCGAAAUUAAUUCGAUCGGCGUCGAUUGACUCGCGUUAUUCGUUGCGGCACGUCACGAUAUGGGUCGGACGGACGGACAUUGUUACAUUGACACACAAGGCCGAGGUGGAAGUUAGAUGAGGAAAUGAACGGGGCAGAGAAAAGAGACGAGCCGCGUUACGCGAAUGAACGAAUAAUCUGCUUUCGCGGCGCGGCUAAACGGCGGCUUCAGCGGAAUAUCCGAUACAUCCGAGAUUGAUUUUUCAAUCGAAAAACGAUACUCGCACGCGCGUGGAAGCAACGUAAUUAAAGCUCGCACCCACGCGCAUUUACGCGCGUGAAAUUAUGUGUAAUGUAAUUAAGUGUAUAAUUAAAGCAGCGCAUUUUUUGCGUCAGAAAACCGCGAGGGUCAGAUUUGUGAAAAGAUGACACGAUCUACGUUUCUCUCUUAAUGUAGAUACCUUAACAAACGGAUGAUGUCAAAGUACGUAUUUUUACAAGUCACGAUAACGUUUUUAUGAGUAAUAAAUUAUGACCACUGACGUAACUGUAACGUCAACGUAUGUCUUUUUUACGUGAUUUUAAUAUCUUAAUUACUGCCGAUCGUUACAUCUGUUGUCUGAAGUAUGUCAAUGUUUGACAUAAUUUGCAUAACAUAAAUUAUAUCAUUACAUAGCCUAUUAUAUAUAAUUAUUAGGAAUGGGAAGUAAUGAGUUACAAGUAAGGCCUCAUUACCGUUACUAGUUACCGUAACUUUUCUGUAAUAACAAUUUGAUAAUAACGUAAUAAUUUUCCAUAAUAAUAGUAAGAAUAAGACCAGGGUUGAAAUAGUCACCUUUGAAAAUCAACUCGUUACUCAGUGAAAAAUACUAACUUGUAACUUUAUUCGUUACGUAACACGUUACUUUUAUUCAUUACGUAACGAGUCAGUUAACGAAUUACUUUUUUUAAUGAGUAAAACGUAAUGACAAGGUUACUUAUCAAAAGUGACUUUAUAUAUUACAACCUUCGCGUUACUAUUACCAUUAUGAAAAAUGGUAACAAAUCGUUACCAACAAAUCGUUAUUAUAAAAAAGUAAAGGUAACGGCGGCUCAUUACUUAUUACUAGUUGUAACGCAUUACUUCUCAUCUUUGGUAAUUAUACAUAUAUAAAAGACCGUAGAGGACUCUACGUAUUUUCUCAAUACAUACAUUUAACAUUAUAUUUAAACGCGAGUAAGAAAAGAGCUAUUCCGUAUAUGUGAAAAUCAGUGAGAACUUUAUGUUCACAUUUAUGAAAAGAAUAAAAUUUUUAUUUUUUUGAUAACUCUGUGGAAUUGAUCUAUCACGGAUAUGUAUUCGUUAACAUCGAACGCUUUCCAUUUAAUGACAGAAGUCGACACAAAGUAUCAUCCUUCAUCUCUUUUUUUGAUAUUCAAUGAGUAACAAAGAUAGAACGACGUUAAUUUAUGUUAAUAAUGGAAAGCAUCCAUCAGUGGUCAUGGAUUUAUCGCAAAGUGUCAGUUUCCGAUCACAGAAGUCGAGCAACGUUUACGGUCCUAACUUGGACGGAUGACCGCUUGGGAAUGCUGUAAAUUCUUUCUCUCGAAUACUUUUCUAUUCAUAAUUUUGUGUCGUGUGUAUUCUGGAAUGUGAUACUCAUCAAUAAAAUGUAUUCUCUCGUAACCUAUAUAUUUGGUCGAAAAUAACGACCGAAAUAUGUCGCGUAUCGAUGACUAAAUUCGUCUGAAAAUUUCAAUGUUAUUUUUACGUUCCCUUGAACGUAACAUUUCAGUCAUUAAUGACAUUAGUAAUGAUGAGAAAUUCGCAACAAACCGACGUGAUUGUUCGCUGGGUGCCGCCUCUUUCCAUAAAGAUCAAAAUUGGAAUUAAUAUCCGCGCAAGAUUUGCCAACGUGCCAUGUUGAUUUCAAAUAUACCGUUUCGUCGUAUUAAUCUCGUGCGAUUUUAAUCCAUCCAGGAUUAGCGUGUCGCAAAAUAAUUUUAUACGAUCGUGCAGUGUGUACCAGUGCGUCAUCGGCUCGAUCUUUCCAAUUCACCUCCGUUCUCACUUUUCCGAGAAACCGAUACACGAUGGAAACGAUUUCAGUGCCGGAGUAUAUACGUGCCAGCACGGAGGACAUCGAUUACCAUUCGCCGCAGGCGUAAAGAAGAGCGUUACAGUUGGCGAGCGUCCGACGCGAUUCUCCGAGCCGUAUUCCCUUUUUUUACACUAACAAUAAGAAGAUUACGCGACACGUGCCAGAAACGGACGAAGAAGCGCGAGAGAGAGAGAGAGAGAAAGAGAGAGAGUGAAAUGACUCGGGUUAGAAACGUUAAUUUCGGAAAGCCAACGGAGAUCUCGCACGCUCGAUCGCUACGCCGCACGCGUAUGCGUACGCGCACGCACGUACGACACACGCGUGAGCAAUUCAAUUAGGGGAAGGCGGCGUGCACGCCUGGACUCGCUCGCGUGCGCUCGAACUCGCGAUCGCGCAGCGAGAUAAUUCACGUUGUACUCCUGCCCGUGGGAUGAAUGAACGUGACCCACGCAUUUCUUCUUCUCGCCCGGGCCGCGACGCAGAGAGAAGAAGGAAGAAAAGGGGGCAAGAGAGAGAGAGAGAGAGAGAAGGAGAGCGAAGGACCGAAGAGAUAAGCGCGGGGCGUGUGCACUCGUGCGAAUCGAGCGCUUCGAAGAGUGAUAAGGUCCGUCUAUUGUGAUACCAAGCACCGAAGAGAUUCCGAAAAUUCGCGCUGACGGUUUCCGACUCCCUUCUUCCCGCGCGACGAGAAAAUCGAAUCUAAUACGACUGCCAGGUCCGUGGUCCACGUUGCAGCGCGCGCUGCGCACGCGAGCCAUCGUGCGACACGCGUCGAGGAGGCAAACAAGGAAGACAACGACGCGUUUUGCGCGCAAGUUUUCCGGUCGUUCGAAGAUGACCCGGAGAGAUCGCUGCGCAGUGAUAAUCCUCGCACCUUUUCUACCGUAGCGAUACGAGUGGCGGUACAAUAGGUUUCCGAUUUCUCAUACUCGCGGUUUUAUUUACGCGCGCAAGGAUUGAACUAUACACCGUCAUAUAUUGGUCUCCGGUUUUCCAGCGCGGGGUUUUCCAGCGCGGAAGCGUCUUGCGAUUUCACGAGUAAAAAAGAAGAGAAAAAAAAAAUAGUAAAUUCGCCGCCGCGCGCCGAGAAGGAGAAGAGGAAGAGGCGAAAAGAGAUGUGCCGAGGGCAGUUGCUGAACGUGACACACGCCAGCAGCUUCUCCCCUCCCACCGCGAUGCGGAUAGAUGCGACGUGGGAGGAUCGUUAUCGGGCGGGCAAUAUUAAGGUCGGGAGCAAUUGAACUCUCGGCGCGGCGUCGGUGGAUUUCGUCGUUGAUCCAGAAGAACGGACGACGUCGCCUUCCGCGGAUCAUGGAGAGGAAGAGCGGUGGUGGAGAGGCGCGGCCGAAGAUCGAGAUCGUGCGAGUCUCGUCCAUCGAGCGCAGCAACUUCCGGCCGCUGGACGGGGUGCAGCUGCGCGCGACCUACAGCCACGUGCGAGUGGGCACUUACUGCCCGGAACCGGAAGCGGCCGGCGGUGGUGGCGGCGGCGGCGGCGACGGCGGGCCAGCCGAGAACAAGCCGCCGAUCGAGCAGACGCGACGCUUCAAGAAAAAUUUGGGACCAGUAUCAAGACUGCUGAGACGUCGUCAUCACGCGACAUGCCUUGCCACCAAAUCCUGUGAUAACAUUUAUAGCGUGAAUAGGAAUAGUAAUUCUCUCGACUGGAGAGUCAACCAGAACGCCAACGAACAAGAUCUGCAGGCUAGGCAGAGCAGCAGCCUAGACUGGAGAGUAGGAAGGUCCGUCACUUUUGGCUCCAAUCAGCUCCAUUGGGGAAACGCGACGCAAAGCGUCGAGCAGCUUUCCAGGAGCGCGCCUCUCACUUCCGAUCAUCUUCAGACACCGAGUACGAGAUCGAAGCUCGUGUCGCUGUUGAGACGACUCUCUCCGCGCCUAUCCCGACCCGGAAGCAAAGGCUCUCUUCAGUCGUCGCCGACAAUUUGUCCCUGGGUCCAAGUCGAGUAUUCGACGGAAUCGAUCGAGACUGGUAGGCGAGAAGAGUCGCAGGAGACCGAUGCUAGCUUCCAGCAGGAAUUGCAGUUGAACGAGCUGCGGAAACGGAUGGCCGGGAUUGCCUCCACAUCCCAGGUUACGACGAAGACCGUUACAAAGGAUGGCAUAGGACAACCAAGUCUGCCACGACCCAGGAUUCAAGUGCAGGAACCCGAAACCGAAUGUAAUCACCGGAACGUUCGUACACCAUCAUCUUGCGAUCGAUAUAUCGGCUCACGGCGAUCGCACGCCGUCGUCGACCACGCGCCUCGGGCGCAAUCCGCAGUGACGCGUUCGCGGCUAAGGAUGCCCUUAAAAAUCGAGAGUGGCACUUACACGGUGAACCCCGUAGCGAAAAAGAAUGUCUCCAAGUUCCUCCUCUGGAAACAUUGGCGGCGAAGUGUGUACGAGGAUCGCGUGGACGAGGAGCGGCGAGCGAGCAGGCAGCCUCGGCGUGGCGGUGGCGAGGUGGCGGGUCUGGAGGACGUCGACGAUUCCAGUGCCGCGACGGUGACGUCGUCGGUACCCGGAGCCGGUGGCAUCCGCUCGCAUCGACGCACUAGGCCGCUCUCUCUGGCAGUGCAGCCUCUCAACUAUCAUCGCCUCGACCCGGACCCUCGACCGCCAGCGCAGAUCGCCACCAGGCACCACCCCAAUAUGACCAGCCAGGAAAGCAUCGGCAGCUGCAGCCUGGACGUCGACCGCUCUGCGUCCGACCGAUCAGAGAACACCGUGGACUCCGUGUCUGAGAAGACUCUGCACAGUCUGAACCUGUCGAACGGCGAACCGGUGUCGUCACCCGAAAACUUGGCGAACGGCAGCAGCGAGACGUUGCAGAAGUCGCACCUAAUCCCCGAUGACAAGAAGCUGAAUGCUAGUAAUGCUCAUCACGGCAGUCCGGAGCCGGAGCUGACGGCGGCGAAGAAGCCCAGUUACUUGGGAUUGGCGUGUAGUAUAAGCGGCUACUCGGGAAUCACCAGAUACGACAGUAAACUGAGAGAAGGAUUCCGCUCGAGAGACAGCAGUCCCGGCACGAGGCUGAUCACGAGGGACACGAGUCCUGCAGGUUUCAGAUCCAACGAGAAUCUCAACGUUCCGACGUCCCAACAUCCACCUAAGAGUCAGUCGAUAUCACCAUUAGCAAUGGAGAGACAAAACGGAUUCACGAAUGGCGUGAAGGAGGAGUGCAAAGUUGAGACGUAUAUGGAGAGCAGGAGUUCAAUGAGCAUGACAUGUCAGGGUUACUCGGAAGUCGACAAGGGAGUGUCGUUGCAAACGACAUUUUCUGAACUUAGUCCUAUCAGGAUGGGCACUUCCAUCAGCAAACGGAGCCCUGGACUGUCACCAAUAAUGUCCUGCGGACAACAAAACAAGUCUAUGGGCACAGGUUUCUCCUCUCCGAAUAAAGGCGUCAUUAAUGUUUCGGGUACAUCGUUUAGCGAUACUAGUAUUCUAAACGGCUCGUCAGUAGAGAGUCAAGUGUUAAACACCUCGUCGAACAGCGAGAAAUCCUUCAUUCAACAGCGAGUAGAGCGGUUGUAUGGUCCAGGUGCUCUAGCACAGGGUUUCUUUUUCAAACGCAGCGUUAUCAAACUAAACACCAGCGACAGUAGUUUCAAUAAAUCCAGUAAUAACAAUGACAUUUCGACGGACAACGCGAACACGGAAGAAUCGUUGAAAAAUCUACCUGUUCUACGACAUCUACGCCCGGAAUUUCGGGCACAACUCCCUGUAGUCAGUAGUAGAAAACCCACAGACGGUACGGAACAAGUUAUAAAGCCAUUACAAAGGGUAACACCAGUGACACGAAAAACUGAGCAGAAAAGCUUAACUACAAAUUCACAAAACAGCAUAAUGAGAAGAAUUCCGAUUACCAUAGAGAGUGAUGUACCACAGCACGAUACAAGUAAAAGCAUACCCGAUCAGCAACCAGCCGCGCCAAAAGUAGUAUUACCUGUGUUAGAACCUAGUGCUAGCUCAAUGAAUAUAGCGAAACAGGUACAAGAGGCAGAAAAAAUAAUCGAAGAGAAAGACGGUCAUUAUUUUAUGAAGGUAUUAAAACAAGAGACAGAUAGACUGCUGUCGUUGGCCACAUCUGCAGAGGCCGAAUUAGCCAGCGAUACUGUUACACUGCCAGAAGAGGCGGCUGGUAAGCUGCGAUCUGCCGCGGGAAAAGCUAGAUUAUUAGCCUCGCAAAAGAUGCAGCAAUUUGAAGGAUUAUGUCAAAAGAAUAUUAAUCAGGUGCCGGGUGAAGAGUUUCCAACGACGAACGAAGACUUGGCUGGCUUUUGGGAUAUGGUAAUGCUACAAGUUGUUCAAGUAAACGAACUCUUUGAUCAGAUAGAGAAUCUGAGGAAGUCGCAAUGGCAAGAGGUCAUGUCGGAUAAGAAAGCCGCGUCGGCCUCGCAACAGAACGGUAAACGCCGAGUCAUACCAGUCCACAAAGCGAAACCAACCGCGAACAGCGAGGCAAACAAAAAGGCGCGCGAGGCAAGGGAGCAGGCGCGACGACAAAUGAUCGAGGAACGAAGACGAGCGAUGCGCUCCAACGCGCAGAAUGCCGACAAUUCCGUCGAGAUCUUUGCUCCUGAAACAUAACGACAAAUUGCACGUUGAGUUUGACUUCGACUGAGCCACAUUGCGACUCUUAUGGAAUAUUAGCGUAUAUAGACCGUCAGUUCGAACGCGAAAGGAAAGAAAACGAAAGAACGAGCUCGUACACAAGACGGUGAUGCAAUCAGCUUCGGCAAAAAAAAUCAAAUUCGCUUGUUGUAAUUAUUCAUUCACGAUAUUAUUCUUCGUACGCAAGCUACACGCGACGAGGAACAGGAAAGUAUUAAGCAGAUAGAUCAUGUAAUAUGUGUUGAAGUUGCUAAAAAUUUAAUACUACUACAAGUAAGAAAGAGGAUAUACAUACGAGUUGACGAAGAGCAGGUGUUUACGUUCUGCAGAGGUUUCUCAUAUAUUUUUUUUGAUCAAGCUUCGACAUGUCACACAUUAUACUGAGCAUUCUAGCGCAAUAAUGAGACACAAUGAUGUGUCACCUCUUGUCCAUAGAGAUAUUUUAUAAACGAAAGGUGAAACAUUUACUGUAGCACCUUAUCAAAUUGUUUUUCUACGUGUCUCUGGACGGACAUUAUUAACUUAUAUUUAUAAAAGUGGUAAUAAGUUGUGUAGAACAAAAGUUAAAAACUAACGACUGAAGAAGGAACGCAGUUCUGCAAGAAUUCUUAAUCAGUCGCGUUUACAGUCAAGAGAAGUUGCGUCUAGGUUAAGGAUAAAGAAAAUGACUACGUUUAGCAGAAAACGUUGUUUUACAACAAUUGUAAAAUUUUUUAAUAUAAAUAACUGCGUCCAUCAAAAAAGCAGAUAUAAUUAUUGUAAAAUUCUUUAAUAUGAUUGAUUCUUGCUCUUAGUUCCUAUCGAAUUUAAAUGUAUAAACCAAUCAUAUUAAAGAAUCUUACAACAGUUACUGUUUCUUCUGCUGAAUACAGCUAUUGGUUCAACAGAUACAAUAGUGUUUUUGGGUCAAGUAUUAUCUGUUUUUUUUUUUCAUCCUUUUAUAAAGGAACCGCUAUCAUUUAGAGCGUAUCAUUUAUAAGAAGAAGAAUACUUGUAAAAAUAAAUAAUUAUCUUUUUUAAAUAAUGUUAUCAAUAAAUGCAUAUAAGGUACGUGUCACAAAAUUGUCACUGACAAUGUUCAAAUUCUAAAAAUUUGAUGCUUUCUUAGUACUAGAAUACUUCAUUAUUAGAAAUUUCAAUGUUUUUUUGAAUAUAUAUACAUAUAUAUUAUAUUAUUAGAUAAUUGUAUAACAAUAAUUGGAUUCUUUAAGAAUUUAAGUAAAAUUAAAUAUACUUAUGUAAUAACAUAAUUUAUAUAUUAUUACAUAAUUUUUCAUUUUCUUUAAUUUAUAAAAAGGGUGUUUAUUGUUAUAAUAUUUUGUUAAAGGUAAAGUUUUAAUCUUCCAAUUAACAAAAAAAUAGCAUUUAAAAUCAGUUUUCCAAAAUUUAGGAUAUUGUCAGUUGAGCUAUUUACUCUCCCCAUUAGAAAAGAACAUAAAUUUUUCAGAAUAAUUACAAAUUAAAAUAUUUUUUAGAAUAUAUAUGUAGAUCUAACAAGAACUAAAGGCUGAAACCAAUCGUAUUAAAGAAUCUUACAACAGUUGCAAAGUUAUUUUCUCUGUUGAAUACAGCCAUUGAUGAGAAUUUGUAAUAUAUAUAAUGAUUUGAUAUAUAAUGAUUUUUCUGAUGCAAAUGCAUUGUUUAUUAAUUUAUUUAGGAUAGAUUCUGUCUUGAUUCGAAUUUCCUUAACCUGGACAGGCAAUUUAUUACGUAGUUUAUGUAUGUAAAUAGAAUUAAUAAAUUUUCACAUUUGCACAAGGCCGAUUCUACGCCGAAUGUUCGCCUAAUAGCUUUUUCUAUCAGACGUCAAUAAAAGUUUCCUCGUUGAGAGAUAUUGUCAACAGCAAGUAGCAGUAAAAAAAAUUCCUAUUAUUAUUAUCGUAUAUAUAUUGUACGUCUCAUGGCGAUAAAUAUUAUUUUUGUUAUCGUUCUAGUUAUGAUCAUGUGCAGUUACACUCUUGCAAAAUGUCUCCCGCGCGAAACGUGGAUAAUUGUAAAUAAUAAAUUAAUCUCCUUCUUUUCGAAAAUGCUUUCGACUGCGCAUAUUUUUAAGUUUCGCGCGCGAGAUUUUGCGCGCCAGAAACACUCGAUGGCUAAUAUACUUUUUGACUACUUGUAGGGAUGAUUGUGUUUAAUUGUCGAAUAUUGCACAAACACAACAAAGAAGUUUAAUUUCAAGAAAUUAAAAUGUUACAUUUCUAUAAACCAUUUUUUGAAUACUUAAGAAUAUUUUAGUUUUGAACAGUGUCAAGAUUUAAAAACAUUAAAACAUUUAAAGCUGAAAUAUCUUUAACAGUUUUAAAUGUUUAGUAUUUUAAAUCUAAACACCGUAAAAUUGAAACAUUUUUAAGUAUUCAAAAAAAUGGAGAUCUAUAAAAAUAAAACAUUUUAAUAUCUUAACCCUUUCUCUACAAAUUUGGGUAACUCGUAUCCGAUCAACUUCUGUUCAUAAAAAUUUCUCCAAAUCAAAAUGUCCCUCACUCCUUAGUCUCUUGUAAAAAAACAAUUUGUGAUAGAGGAAACCUUUGUGCACGGGUACAACUGGGGCCAUCGAUUUUUCUAUCGAAAUUUCUAUGCCAAUUACUAAUGCCCCAGAUAAUGUUGUCUUUUUGUAAAAAGUGAAAAUUUUGUAAAAAUUAUUUUCAUUCUAAAUUAAUGUCUUUUACUUAAAAAUCAUUUUAAAAAAUUACCUAUUAAAAAAAUUUGACAAACACAGACUAAAUUAGAAAACCCUAAAAUCAUUUUUCUAUGGGCAUUAAUUAUAAAAUAAUUUGUUAAGUCAAAUAACUUUUUUAUCCAAUUUACGUGAUUAAUCUUUGGUAAUUAAAUUAUAUUACAUUACAUACUUUUUUUCAAAAUGAAGUACAGACAUUUCUUCUAGAAACUUGAAAGUAUAUUCAUAAAUUUUUAGAGAUUUUUUUUAAACCAUUCUAAAUAGAUGAAAGUAGUCAGACGCAAGUUACCUGAGUUUGAAGGAAUAAGAUGCAGUUUUUCACAUUGUAUUGUAAGAGUUAAAAUUAAACACUUUUUUUAGUGUAACUCCAAACGUUUGUUGAGAGAGAUAGAUAGAAAAAGAGAGAGAGGUAUAUCGGAUGCGAAAGCAUUGAUAAUAUCUUCAUUAUUGCGAUGGAUCUCCGCGGCGAAAAUCCGACUGUAAUUGACGUACGUGUCACAUCCGCCGAAUUUCUAACAUUCCUGCGACAAGUAUCUCUCGUCACGACGCAUCACACUUUAUUUUCUUUUUGUAGUUGUACGAUAGCAUUACUCCUCGGCCGAUCAAGUGAUCAGCGGUUCUAACGGCAAGUCAUCAACCAAAUAACACUCGUACUCUAAGUAAAUAAUUAUCGCGCAUCGUCACACACGAACUGUAAUUGCGAAUCCGUAUAAUGUUAUAUUUCUUAUUAUAAUUGCCAAUUACACUCGUCUCAUUCGAGAUUUUCAUACAAAUCUACCCGGAUAAUUUAUUGAUCGUUGAUUUCCUUGGUGCCUUCAUUAUUUAUACGUGUGUACAUAUCAUCGACUAAUAGCCGAUAAUUUUGUGUACAUGUAUCUAUUUAAAUUAUACAUUCGACCGAAUUUCAUAAAA